CGAAUGAAGUGGAUGGGCUAAUCCACAUCAUUUUGAGGCGUGGAUCAGCCCAAAGGGUCCCGCCCACGUUCUUCUCUCGUUUCGUGCACUGCAGCAGUUUCAGUCCAGUUUCCGCACCAUCAUAUUCAGCCAUUCCAAAUUCAAAUUGAAAUCUGCUUCCUUCAUUCCUUUCUCCCAUUGUUUCAGUGCUCGUUUCCCCCAUAUUAUUUAUGUUCACACCCCCAAAGCACUUGCUUAGCAACUUCAUCGUUUUCCUAUUUUGAUUGCUCCCAGAUUUGGGGUUCUCUGUAAGAUCCAACGUCAAAAUAAAGGAGCACACCUAUCACCAACAGCACAGAACAACACUCUUGCCGGGUCUCGCCGCGUUCGAUCUGUAUCAGAAGCUUCCAGCCCCAGUAUGAUAGAAGAAAGACAAGGCGGUGCUCCUCAUGGCAUCCUUUUAGCGCUGGUGGUGGCCAUCGUUGUCAUUGUCCCUUUCCUUCUGGGCGAUCAGGGCGAGGCCAUCACUGAAGCCAUCUCCGAGCUCCUCAGCCCCCUGGGCCUCCUCCUCCUCCCCAUUAUCCUCCUUCUCACCAUUCAGUUCCUCUCCUCCGAUCGCGGCUCCUUCAUCUCCUCCCUUUUCUCCACCGGCGAACCCGAUACCAUCCACCGGGUCAGCGGAUCACCCGUCGGCGUCGCCCUCUUCCUCCUCCUCAUUAUUUUCCUUCUGUACAACCGCGUCUCGAUCUUCGGCGGCGACGAUGAUUCCGGGGACUGAAGAUCGCUCACGGAUCUGUGUUACCGGGUCCCACAGUGUCUGAACUUUCCUUUAUUUAUUAAUUUGUUUAAUUACACGGUAUUGUGCUGUUGUAUGUACGCAUUCUUGGUUUCGAUGCAAUGAUCACUCCGUUUUGUAAUUUACGGGCAAAUUCGCGGACAACGGUGGAAAAGAAGCGUGGUUACGAGGCUAUUGCGGUAAUUAC